AUGUCGCCCCUGAAGCUCAUCUCUCCGAUCUCGUCGUUUCUUAUAAACAACAGGCCUUUUCGACGCCAAAGGUCUCGUGCAGUCCAGCCAGCCAACCCCGAACCCGAGUCCGACGAUGCACACCAGCAAGCUACGCAUGAAAGAUGGGAUUUCCCGCGCAUUAACAUUGCCAAACUAGGCGCGAUUUUCUGGUGUUUCCUGCUUUUGGGCAGCAAUGACAGUUCUUACGGUGUUCUCAUUCCGCAGAUUGAGGAAUACUACGGCAUCACUUACCUUCAAGUAUCGCUCAUCUUCCUAUCGCCUGUGUUGGGAUUCAUCAUGAGCACUGUAUCGAACCACGCCGUCCAUUUACGCUACGGCAAGCGCGGAGUCAUCAUCAUGGCGGGGACUUGUCAUGUUACAGCCUACCUCGUCGGCUGCUUUCACCCACCAUUCCCCGUUCUCGUUGUCGUCUACAUCCUCGUCGGUCUUGGAUCGGGCGCUAAAACCGCUGCCUGGAACUCAUUUGUCGGGGGCUUCAACAAGUCAAACGAGCUUCUGGGACUAUUGCAUGGCUUUUACGGACUAGGUGCGACCAUUACUCCAGUCACCGCAAGUGCACUGUUUUCCCAGGGCUGGCAUUGGUACCAAGUAUACUACGUCUUGGUCGCGAUGGCUGCCUCGGAGUUCAUUCUUACCCUUUCCCUCUUCUACCCCCAAAAUGGAAAGGCAUACCGAGAAGAAAUUGGCGAGUUCCGGGGACAGCAAGAAACAAUUGUGGUCCCCUUGCAGGCGAUGCCGCUAGGUGAAAAUGCGGGCCGGCCACCCAUGAGGCGGAACCCUUCUUCAAGAGUGUUCAAGGCCGCCAACAGCUUCAAAACUAGCAACACCUGGAACUGUCUCAAGAACAGGGUCGUGCUAGUUUGCAGCGCCUUCCUCCUGGCUUAUGUAGGGUCCGAAGUCGCUCUCGGCGGCUGGCUCGUGACGUUCAUGAUCGAUGUGCGCGGCGGCUCAGCCUUUGCAUCAGGACUUACUGCCAGUGGUUUCUGGGCGGGAAUCACUGUCGGUCGGAUCAUCCUUGGCUUUGUCACUGGACGUGUUUUCAAGUCUGAGAAGCACGCCGUGACCGUGUAUUUGGUCUGUGCUAUCAUCAUGCAACUCUUGUACUGGCUCAUUCCCAACUUCAUCUCCUCGGCAAUCAUUGUUGCAUUUCUAGGAUUCUUCCUUGGCCCCGUGUUCCCUGCAGUCAUCGUUUGCCUGUCUCGUCUCCUGCCGCAGAGAAUGCGGGUGUCUGCCAUCGGAAUUUGCUCAGCUAUCGGAGCCUCCGGUGCCUCGGUCAUUCCAUUCAUGGUGGGAGCCAUUGCUCAAGCCAAAGGAGUGGCUGUGCUACAGCCCAUUAUACUCUCUGUCCUUGCGGUCUGCUUCUUGCUUUGGCUGUUACUCCCAGGACUUCCACUACGGACAAGCACUGUCUCACGACACGCGGCAGAGGGCACAAUCUGA